ACGAGCCAUAGUCUCGCAGACGCGUUCGUUGGAAGCGGUUCAACUUUUUCCGUUUGCCCGACAGUACUCAGCUUUUCUAGUCGUUGCACUUCGUCGCGGGUGGAAAAAAAACACUCAUCAUCCCUUUACAAGUUAGCAUCCACUAGAGUCUGGCCCCGAAGGUCGUGCUUUUGACGGAGGCGUGAAAGUGAUUAGACGCAGAACUUUGCAGUCAGUGUCGAUAGAUACGCCUCACUGUAAAGGUGCUUCGCGCAGUGGUGUACACAAACCGAGCCGAUCCAGCAUUAUCUUCCUUCCUUCACCGUUAAGGGAACAUUCUUAAGACUUCUAACCUCGACCUUAAACGAUGUCGCUCGUUCCGGUGCAGUACCGUACGUGGUGGGACGAUUGGGACCUACCGCUGUACACGCGCGUCCUCGAGAAGUCGAUCACGCAGGAGGUGCUCGGCUCGGAUGACUUCUGGCGCGUGCCACCGCUCGCUCCACUGCGCUGGUCCAGCCUGUACCGACCGUGGCGCUACUUCAGCCUGCGGGACGUCGGUGCCAAGGUGGACACGGAUCGGGAUCGCUUCCAGAUCGAGCUCGAUGUACAUCAGUUUCUGCCGCACGAGGUCACGGUACGCCGCACGGACAAGUACGUCACCAUCGAGGGCAAACACGAGGAAAAGCGGGACGAGCAGGGUUACGUGGCACGCCAGUUCUCGCGCCGUUACCUGGUACCGAUUGGCUAUGAUGCAGGCUUGAUCGUUUCUUCGCUCUCGUCCGACGGUGUACUGACCGUGACUGCCCCAAGGAUCGGCCUGCCGGCGCCGAAAGUCGAAAAGUAUGUCCCCAUCUGGCACACCGGUAAACCGGCCAUCGAGGACAAGAAUUCGCGGCGCUGUUUGACGUACUACAAGUAAAUGACACGAUCACAUUUAUUAAGCGAACAAUCUCGCCUCUCCCUUCUUGCUCCGAAUCGAUGUGGCUUUAAAGCGAUGCACGGAACUUCCAACAAAAAAAAAAACAAACACCUGCGAAAGUGUGCUGCACGUGGUAUUUCAGUUUUCGAGUGAAGCAAUCUCUGUUUGGAAAAUAUGUUAAAAGUGCCUGAUUGAUAUCGUAAUCAAACGAAUUGUGUGACGUAGCUUGCCUACUUUUAGGCGCAAAAAGUGAAUGCAGGAUCACACGUGCUUUGGCACCAUUUUAGCGGCCAUUUUCACAGGGAAAGCUUCCAGUUCUGCACACACGCACACACACAAACAUAUCCAUUGUUCAAUGUUCGGAAAAUGCAUCACUAACCGAUUAAUUGUAAGCCCACGACGCAUACCAACUAAAAAUGUGAUUCAUUAGCGAAAGUGUUACGCGUUUGUUGUUCGUUAAGGCGAGAACCUUAAUGGAGUAGUUUAAUCUAAAAUAUUAAAAAAACAUAAAACGACAACAAAUACCCUUUUACUUAAUAACGUACCUAAUCGUGUGCGUAACAUUAUUUGAAUUUGUUUCGAUUGUGUAACCACGACACGAUUUAUAGGUGGAAGCGAUCGAUGUGUCCCCUUUUUCGCUCCAGUCUAGUCUAGAUUUCUUGCAAAAACUAUUUGCAAAAUAACAACGUCCACAUAAUAAACUAAUUCCAAUAAACAAAAAAUCGAACCGAAUUGAAUCUAAUUUUGAACGCACUAUAA